CUCCUCUUCGCAUCAAAGCACGGCAUCUCCUGUCCUUUCUAAUCCCUACAUCACUCUAAACCUCCUCCUCCUCCUCCUCCUCCUCUUCUUCACCGCAAACCCCCGCUCUUAUACUCUCAUUCAUUUACUUUUUUUGAAAAAAAGAAAAUAUGAUUUUAAUUUUACUACCUUGGCCAUUGCUUGUUCAAUGGCCAAAAACAACCCUAUUUGUGUCACCCAGUAUAGAUUGUCUGCCCCCUGAGCGGGUGUUUCUUCUUUCGCAGAUUAAAGUGUAUGUGUGCGUUGCGGUUGCGAAGCCCCGUUCUGUGCAUUGUUCCACAAAGGUCAUAACAGCCACCCCGACUUACAACAAAUUAUUUAACGUUAGUUGAGAAUACAGUCACAUCAGAAAGUAAAGUCGCUGAAUUUGAUCUUCUCAGCCAUCCUUUUUAAUUUAG